GGGAUGGAAGCGGCCCGGCUCCUCGGGGGCAGAGGGGCAAAGUAUGAAACGCCCGACACCAGAAAUCAGAUAAGGAGCGCCGUCGCAGCAAGGACCCAGCAAGAAGCCACUCCAAUUAAAAGAAUGGACAAAGAUGCAGAAGCGUUGCAGGCAGCCAGAGCAGAACUGAGUGAAGCCCGGCGGCAGUGGCACCACAUGCAGAGCGAGAUUGAAUCCCUGCACGCUGUGGAAAAGGGUUUGGAGCGCUCACUGCGUGCCACAGAACAGCAGUACCACGUGCAGCUACAGAACUUAGAGGCGGAGAUUGAAUGCUUAGAGAAAGACCUGCAGGAAGUGAGGAGAGGCAUUGAGAAGCAGCUGCGAGAGCACGAAAUUCUCCUAAACACGAGGAUGAAACUGGAGGAGGAGAUAGCAACGUACCGCAGCCUGCUGGAGCAAGAAGAGAACAGGUACCGCUGCUCCAUAUCUGAGCAGAAGGGCAGGAAGCCCACCCUCAACACAACUGCCUUCAUGCUGCCUGCAGAUGGUAUAAAGAAGCACGAAACUGAGAAGAUUGAGCUGAUGACAAAACAAGCAAUCCUAGAAGGAAAUAUUAUGAAGCAAAGUGCUGAAGCUCAUGGCACUAUAAAGACAGAAAAAGUGGAUGAAGUCAUUAAGCAAUGGGAAGGCUCUUUCUUCAAGGACAACCCACGCUUAAGGAAGAAAUCUGUUUCACUGCGCUUUGACCUGCACCUGGCAGCAGCCGAGGAAGGAUGCAUACCCAGCCAGCAGAAAGCCCUGCCAGCCAUUGAGGUCAGGCUGGUCAUGAGGCGGUCGUGCAGCAUUCCCUCCAUCAAGCCGUAGCGCACAGCACAGCAGGCCAGCGCCUCCUCCUGCCACUGCUACGGACCCACACUUGGACCUGGAUACAACACGAUGUACAUGUCUCUUAAAUGAAGGGGAGAAGAGCAGGAGAGUCAGGUCCCAGGAAGCCUGACUUCUACCAGUUUUAUACUCUGGGUACAGACCAUAAUUCUCUCAUUACUGUUGUUUUGUAGUACUUCUCCAAAUAUUAAAAGAAUUAAACUGUAACUUUAUACUUCGGCAAGAGAACUCGUUUCUCUUUCUGGGAAUCAGAACCACAUAUUUCAUUCUCUUCAUUCGAUACUGCAUAUGCAUAUUGGCUGAUGAACCCUUGCAAUGAUUUCUUAUCAUAAUUGUCAUACUUGAUAUAUAUUUUAAAACACUUUCUAAUAGAAAAAAAAGUGACAUGCAACAGUGCUCUUAAAAUACGUAAGCUAUUAACAAUCAUCUUUCUUUUAAAACUGAGUAGUAUUUUUAAAUGUUUUUUAGGCAGCAACUGAGCAAAAAUGCCUCUCCCCC